UGUACAGUCUUGAUGGGGGAGCUAUUGAUUUUUUUCUCGCGGAUUACAUUCUUUCUGAAUAACUUAAGUUGCAUUUCUCCCAUACAUUGGUUUUUUUCAGCCGUCAGGUGGCCGGAAGCAGCCGAGAUUGGAGACAAGAUCUGCAGAUCUCCUGUAUCCAUUGCAACCUGGCUCUCCAGAAACAGCAGGCGAGGGAGCGCCGCGCGCACGUUUGACUUGGUCUUCGGCAAACGCUCCGCGCCCCGUUAUGCGAUGGUGCUACCUGGUGAUGAUGGAUCGAGAUCAUUGCUCACCAGCCACCCAUGACCGUACACUUUAAGAAUGGUACAGAAAUCCCGCAACGGCGGUGUCUACCCUGGUCCGGCGGCGGAGAAGAAGCUCAAAGUGGGCUUCGUCGGGCUAGAAGCCGGAGCCACCGACACAAGCAGGGAUGGGGCGCUACUCAUCGCAGCCACCGACGCCACGAAGCGAGGAAGCAUCUUAAGCAAGCAGAGGACCAGCAUCUCGGGCAAAGGGAAGCCCCCGAAGAGAAAUGCCUUCUACCGAAGACUGCAGAAUUUCCUCUACAACGUGCUGGAAAGACCGAGAGGAUGGGCGUUCAUAUACCACGCUUACGUCUUCCUCUUGGUCUUUUCCUGUCUCGUCCUCUCCGUCUUCUCAACAAUCAAGGAGUACGAAAAAAGCUCUGAAGAUGCUCUAUAUAUCCUGGAAAUCGUGACCAUUGUGGUGUUCGGAGUGGAGUACAUUGUAAGGAUCUGGGCAGCGGGGUGCUGCUGUCGUUACCGAGGAUGGAGGGGGCGGCUCAAGUUUGCCCGCAAGCCCUUCUGUGUCAUCGACAUCAUGGUGUUGAUCGCCUCCAUCUCGGUGCUGGCGGCUGGUACCCAGGGGAACGUGUUUGCCACCUCAGCCAUCCGCAGCUUGAGGUUCCUUCAGAUCCUGCGCAUGAUCCGGAUGGAUCGCCGUGGAGGCACCUGGAAGCUCUUGGGUUCGGUCGUCUACGCCCACAGCAAGGAGCUGAUCACUGCCUGGUACAUUGGCUUCCUCUGCCUCAUUCUGGCCUCCUUCCUGGUUUACUUGGCGGAGAAAGAGGACAACAAGGAGUUCGAAACCUACGCAGACGCACUGUGGUGGGGGCUUAUCACGCUGACUACAAUAGGCUAUGGUGAUAAGUACCCCAUAACGUGGAAUGGACGCCUUCUUGCUGCGACUUUCACCCUCAUUGGAGUUUCGUUCUUUGCCCUCCCAGCGGGUAUUCUGGGCUCUGGCUUUGCUCUUAAGGUCCAGGAGCAGCACAGGCAAAAGCACUUUGAGAAGCGGCGGAAUCCAGCAGCUGGCCUCAUUCAGGCGGCAUGGAGGUUCUAUGCUACCAAUCUGACAAGGACGGACCUGCAGUCUACCUGGGAUUAUUAUGAGAGAGCUGUAUCCGUCCCAAUGUACAGGCUGAUUCCUCCUCUGAAUCAACUGGACCUUCUGCGAAAUCUAAAAAGCAAGUCAGGACUGUCAUUCAGGAAGGAUGCCCAAGCAGAGCCCUCCCCCAGCCAGAAGGUCAGCCUGAAGGAGAGGGUCUUCUCAAGUCCCAGGAACUCUGGGUCCAAGGGCAAGGGCUCGCCCCAGGGCCAGAGCAGGUGCAGGUCCCCCAGCGCCGAUAACAGCAUGGAGGACAGCCCCAGCAAGGUGCCCAAAAGCUGGAGCUUUGGAGACCGCAGUCGCACCCGGCAGGCCUUCCGCAUUAAAGGAGCGGCGUCGCGACAGAACUCCGAAGUGCUGAUUGAGAUGCAGGAUGAAGAAUUCAGGCAGAAGAGCUCUCCAGCAAUUGAAGGGUUAAUCAAAGCCAGCCUUCCUGGGGAAGACAUUGUCGAUGACAAUAAGAGCUGCCACUGUGAAUUUGUCCCACAAGACUUGACUCCAGGAUUAAAAGUUGCAAUCAGAGCUGUUUGCAUAAUGAAGUUUAUGGUUUCAAAGAGGAAGUUCAAAGAGAGCUUGAGGCCUUAUGACGUGAUGGAUGUCAUAGAGCAGUAUUCGGCAGGUCACCUGGACAUGCUGUCACGAAUUAAAAACCUCCAGUCCAGGAUAGAUUUGAUUGUGGGUCCCCCUCCCCCCUCAACUCCCCGCCAUAAGAAGUACACAACCAAAGGACUCAAAGAAUCACCCCAGUACUCGCCUAGAGUUGAUCAGAUAGUUGGUAGAGGCACCCCAACAACAGAUAAGGACCGGCCCAAGGGCACCAGUGAGGGCGAGAUGCAAGAGGACCUCAGCAUGAUGGGACGUCUGGGGAAAGUGGAGAAGCAGGUGAUUUCCAUGGAAAGGAAGCUAGACUUCUUGGUCAACAUCUAUGUGCAGCGCAUGGGCAUUCCACGGGCAGAGACGGCCGCCUACUUUGGAUCCAAGGAGCCUGAUCCGGCUCCUCCCUACGACAGCCCAGUGGAGAAAAAUGGCUCCAUCACUAAAAUCAUCCGUUCCAUUAGCUCAACCGGCCAGAAGAAUUUCGAUGCUCCACCCUCAUGUGCCGGGUCUCAAGGGCAGUGUCCUCCAUCCACGUCUUGGCAGCAGCAUCCCCUCAGCGAGUCCCAUCCACGCAGUCAGGGCAACUCACCCAAUGGUGACCCCUCCUUGGUGCGCAUCCCCCCUCCCCCGGUUAACGAUCGCUCUUCUGGGGGAAGCCACCGGGGGGCGUCUCAUCACGCCCGCAGCGAGAACGGCAAGGCACAGCCUGAGAGUGACACGUCCGUCUCCAUUCCUUCGGUGGACCACGAGGAGCUGGAGAGGUCUUUCAGUGGCUUCAGCAUCUCCCAAUCCAAAGAAAACCUGGAGUUCCUCAACAACACCUACUUCAGUGGUGUGGCCCGUUGCGCCAAGGUCAGGCCCUACAUUGCUGAGGGCGAGUCUGACACCGAUUCUGACCUCUGUACCCCCUGUGGCCCCUCCCCACACUCUGCCCCCGGUGAGGGGGCCUUUGGAGACAGGGGCUGGUCGGGUCCCAAAUAAGACAGACUAGGGAAGUCUACACUACACAAUCAGUGCUUCAAAACAACUGUCUGUAGUGAGGGAACUGCAAAUUAGGCUGUACACUCAGCUGGUUUUAAUGUCGGAGGUCUGUAGGUUUUCUAAUGGGUUACAUUUAUCUAGCUUUGAUGGACGGCAGACGCAUUUUCCCUCACAUAUCCAUGCAUUCAUUUUUCAGUGUGUAUUUCACACUAAAUAUUGUCUAUUCUAGAUCCGCAUUGUGUCUACACUUCAUUGCUGGAGACAGUUGAAUGUAGCUGGCAAUGUUUAACGUAGUCAAAGGAGGGAGUUCAGUUCACUUAGCUCCAGGCGAUUAUGAUUGUAACUGUGAAAUUUUGGCAUUGAUUGCCAUCACACCUUCGAUCUACACUGCUGAACACAUCCUCUCAUAUGGAAUGCCUUACAUGACAGCAGGGGGACCGUAAAGCAGAGGAAAGUUAGAACAUUUCCAAGGGCCUUUGAGUGACAAGGGCUUUGGAAAAUUAUUGAAUUGGUCUGGGCUGGGGGCCGAAUAUGAUAUGUUUUCAUGGGGCCCAGAAUCUCUAGUGGCAACCCUGCAUGACAGCAUCAGUGUGCCAGUAUAGGGUUAGUGCAGAAGUGGCUCAAUGCAGGGACUUUAAUGCACGUGCUGAAGCCCAGGAGCGUUGCUAAAAGGGGUCCUCAGCUGACCUCGUUUAAUGAAGUUUUAUGAGAUCGCCGGACAGCCUUUUAUGAUUACCACCUGGGGUCAACAACUGAGUUCAACUGACACUUUUAUCCUAAGCAACUUAAAUUAGAGGGAAGGAUCACAAUUUAUGCUUGCAGGCGUUUGAAUCCACAACCUUGUCGAUGCUAGCAUAACACUCUACUUGUUGAACUACAGGAGCUCACUGUUAUCACACCAUAUCACAGAAAAUAAAAGGGGGCACUCUGAAACUCCAAUAGCCCGGGGGCCUUUGACCUCUGGCUUUAUGUUAGAUAACACCUUCAUAAGCUACAGUACAUACGACUUCUUAAUAAGCAAUACAUACAUAUUCAAGAAUCUGUGUGUCACCAGCUCUCGGCAGAUAGGUGAUGGGGUCUGUGACGGGCGCUACAUGUAUGGGUGUUAUAAAGCCGCCAGUACAACCCUCUGGACUCUCUUCAAUGGGUAGAGACCUCAACCCCGCAGUGCUCAACACAAAGACUUGUCCUUGGCUACACGGCACUCUUAUAACGCUCUCAUAGGCAGUGUGCCAUACCGACAAAAACGCACAGUUCUUGAAGAUAUCGUGAGAAUCUGGUGUCAAGCCCCUGUCUUUCAAAUUUAAAUGUAAAAAUGGAAACCUGAUUGUUUUCUUUUUGUUGAAGGACAUUUUCCAAAGCGGCACUUAUUGCUGUACGAUCAAUGGUGCACUUGGAAAGUGUUAGAAAUGUACAUUUGACUUACAUUGUAUUCCAAUACACAUCUUAAACUUACCCUCACCACUCAUCACAGUUGUUUAUAACCAGUAAUUUGUUAGUGCUUGUUAAAUCUCUAAUCUUGUUUUGACCAGCAGAUAUGUGAACAUUCGACUUCUGCCUUGUAAAGGUGUACGGUUAGCUUGCUCUGCUUGCCGAUCGAGGAACACAAAACGAUGGGAAUGUACGUUUGCCGUUUCAUAAAGAGACAGCGAAUUGUUUGUCCAGAGAAACUCACUUAAGAAAAUGUAUAUAAAUGCAGACUGUAUACCUGAUUCUGUUCUUAUACACUGGAAACAUUUUUUUAAGGAUGAUUUUAGAGAACAGAUACAAUGCCUUGCAUGGAACACAGCAACUAUUUACGUCAAGUAUUUCUGCAAGGGAGACUACAGCGAGAAGAGGAAGAGGGUACAAAAAUAUAUUUUACCUCAGUAUUUUUACAGAUUUGUAUUUAGAUACUGAAAUUGAGGUUAACUGCUUUAUUUCAGCUCUGUGAAACAUUUAAAGUGCUUUGCGUUUUUUAAAAAUUUCUGCUUUAAGAUUUACACAGUGGUACGACUAGGAUAACUCGAAAAAAACUGUGCAGGACACCACCGACUGCGAGGAUUCUAUAUGUACAUCUGUAAUUAACAUACUGCAAUAGUUUGCAUUUGCUGUAAAAGCAUGCUUUACACGUGCAUUAAGUGUGCAGCAAACAAAUGCUUGCCUCAUUUGCCAAAAGUAAAUUGGGCCGUAGAUUAAACAUUUUUUACUGCCAUAGAUUUUGCAAAUACAAACAGUGCCCGUAUUUUAUACACAUGUAUGUAUAUGCACACUCAUACUCUCACACACAAAUAUAUAUUAUACAUAUAUGCACAUAUACUGUAUAAGUAGUUAAACAUAGAUUAUAUAGAACAUAGCAGUCGUACAGAUAAGUUAGCAUGGCAUGGUUCGAAGGCCUAAUUAUCUGUAUAGAAAUGCAUUAUUCACAAAUGCUCAUCCAUCAGCCUUCUUUCGAGGUAACCUUAAAAUUUCUAUACUGUACAUUAUCGCUGUGUGUUUUCUGAGUGACAGUUUCUUUGUAAUUUCUGCUUUUUAAAGACCUUCAAAAUGCAAAUGAAGGAAGUCUUAAAAUGCAACGAUGUUAAUUUAUAUGAUGAAGGCAGCAUGCCUUGCUUCAGUAACCAGGGCCAAGGACUCCAAGCGAAUCCUGGAGUUUUAUUCUCAAACUUAUGGACAUUCUUGGCUAUGGGGAUCAGUGUGGAUCUGAAGGCUGACAUAGAAGGGGAGGUCCCGUCUCUGGUUGAGCCACAUUGAUUUCCUGCGUUUAUGUCACUCACAGCGCCUCAGAUGGAGGUGCUAGAAGGGUGGAGUUGACGUCUUGCACCUCUAGUGGUAGGAAGUUCGACUCUAGAACUGGGUGCACUUUUUGUUUUUUUUUGUCUGUGUUUCUCCUCUCUGCUUUCCUCCAUCCAAAGUCACGUUGUUCAAUUUAGUGGGUAAAUUGUAAUCAUGUGAUCAUGUUGUGAGUGACUGGGAGUGAAGCAGCACCUCAGCCAAGGGUGUCCCGCCUCGUGUCGUGUUCUCCUUCAGAUGAGCUGCGGGUCGCUGUAAUUCUGACUUGAUUUGUUGUCGCAAAACGUGAACGGACAUAAAAUGAAGAAGCCAGAGACACUGAGAAUGUGUCUAACCGGUAUUUGUAAUGCAGUAGUUCAGUUUGCUUUAAAAUAAGACAGCCAUGUUUGUACAUAUAUUUAAGAAAAAUAUUAGUAAAUAUGAAUCCUAUCUGCUUAUAUACCCUGGUAUUUAUUUAUUUGGCUAUUUUAAUUUCUUGAUUGCCAAAACCAGCUGUACUAAAUAUGAAUUCAGGGAAACAAUGUCAUAGGUUUUGGACAAUACCAGAAAUGUCAAUAUAGCAAGUAAAUAACAAGGUCUGUUUUGUUUCUCUUCACUGCUUCCUUGGCUAAGUUUAGGAUUUUAAUUUUCUCCUAAACAUGUAUAUGGAUGGAAAUAUUAGUAGCCUAGUCUUGUAAUCCACUGCGUUUCCAAGCGCUGAGUCGUUUGGCCGAUCGUUAUCACGAAUAUAAAAGCUGGGGUGUCAUCGCGCUUGACCUUCAUAUCAGGCUCCCUGUAUUUCACUCCUGUGUUUGGACCCAGAAGUCAGCACAGCAAGGGAGUGUGAAAGAAUUCCACAGAGAAAUUGAAGAUCUCUGGUACCCACUUCAAAUCUGCUGGCUCUAUGCACGAUGCUCUUCCUGCAGACGGUAUUUCUGUUUAUUUAUGCCAUUAUUAUUAUCUUUUUUUUUUUUUUUUUGCAACUCAUGCGUGGGACUUGAUCUUUGCAGGAACUCUACAAUAGUUGAUGUGUUUGUCUGGAAUUUUUAAGCUCCCUUUUUAUGUACAAAAUGGCUGAUAGUUCAUUUCAUAUUAUCGUUUCUCGGUUUCUUUUCCAACAGAUGCCUGCCAGCAUGUUUAAUAUGUCUGAAUGUUAUGAAUAUAGCUUUUACCUACCAUGUAGCACCAUUGUGUAAUACACCACUGACCUCCAUGGUCAAUGGGAAAUGUAUAAUAAACUUUAUACAGCCUCA